AUGCUCGCUCACUUGCCUGUUUCAGUGGUGGAUGUUAUCCGGGCUGACACAUACCGCGGCGGGGACCUUAUCAUCUUGGAGUCCACAAUCGCAAGGCCUUCGUCGCAAGAGUUGGCAAAUAACUUCUGCUGGCUAAAGCCAAUCGUGUUGUACUCGCCGCGCAAGGUGCCUUCAGGAUAUUUCUUGACCGAUGCAUUUUUGAUGCUGGACCAGAAGCUGGGUCGAAAGCUCUUUCGACCUAAGGCUGGUGAAGACAGAACUUACCUGGCGGGUCGAGAAGGAGUCAAAGCAAAACGGUGCAUUGGAGCGUUGCGCCACCUAUGGCGCAACACUGGCAACGCCCAUGAUUCCAGGGUGCAGGACAUGAAGAGUUGCCUUGCACCGUCUCCUCCUCGAGGCGCCGAUGAGGAUGCGAUGCCGCCAGCUGAAGAUGCUCAGCUGUAG